AACGCGGAAGUGUCCUAACAUUGUUCCCUCUGAGACACCGUACAACAAACCUGCUGCUGCUCUGUCUUGGGAUAAUUAUCCAGCAGCUCUCAUUUUUUUUAAUUUACACAACUAUUACAAGCGACGCACUUUCAAAAUAGCAAAAGUGAGAGCUGUUAGAUUGACGUCUUGUCCCGUCGUUUGGACCGCAGAUUGUGCGAUGGUUCUGACCCAGAGAUGACCUGCCCCGUCCGCCGAUGACCGACUGACAGUCCCACAUUUAGCAGGUCAAAUUUGAGGCUCCACGCAGGGUGAUGCUUUCUGAUGAGCUUGACUCCAAACCAGAGCUGCUGGUGCAGUUUGUCCAGAACGCGUCCAUCCCCCUGGUCCAGGGUCUGGAGGACUCGGAGUCCAAACACUCCUGCCUGCCUCUGCUGGCCCCGGCUGAGAGCUCCCUGUGCAGCCCGCUGGAGCUCACAGAUGGAGGACUGAGCCAUGAGCAUCAGAGUUCUCCCUCCCUGUCAGAGUUCGGAGGCGUGUCGGAGAGAAACCCGUUGGUGGUCCAGACGCACGCUCAUCCACGGGCCUCACCCAGCCCUCCACCCAUCCUCCAUGACCUGCAGCAGUCCGACAGCACCUCCUACGUCCUGCUGAACCUCGCAAAAGGCAUCACAGCCUCCUCAGAGUCGCUGAUCUUCGCUGCAGAUGGAGCCGGGGAGGACGACGACGAGGGAGUCUCAUCGGGAGACUACGGGAUAGAUGGCAGUGCUCCCUGGUAUCUGCGCGUGCAGGAGCUGGCACACGACAGCCUGAUUGCCGCCACGCGGGCGCAGCUCGCCAGAGACGCCAAGGCCAGCCAGGACGCCAGGGCUGCAAGUGUCAGUAACGGUGACCACACACACGGCCUGACAGCAGACGGGGACAAGCCGCCUCGGACCAGCCGCCCCCUCUCCAAGCAGAUCCUCCGCUGCUCGUUCGAGGGCUGCUGCAGGACGUUCACGUGGCCGGCUCAUCUCAAAUACCACCUCAAAACACACAGGAACGACCGCAUGUUCAGGUGCGGCGCGGAGGGCUGCGGCAAGAGCUUCUACGUGCUCCAGAGGCUGCAGGUUCACAUGAGGACUCACAACGGCGAGAAACCCUUCAUCUGCAAGGAGAAGAACUGCGGCAAGAAGUUCACAACGGCUGGAAACCUGAAGAACCACCGGCGCACACACACAGGAGAGAAGCCUUUUCUGUGCGAAGCAGAUGGUUGUGGGCGAUCCUUUGCAGAGUAUUCCAGCCUCCGAAAACACAUGCUCGUACAUUCUGGUGAGAAGCCGCAUCACUGUGGGAUCUGUGGGAAGACUUUCUCUCAGUCGGGCAGCAGAAACGUCCACAUGAGGAAGCGGCACGGCGAGGAGGGGCUCAGCAGUGAAAGCAGAGAAACAGGAGAGGCUCUGACACACAGCAGCCUCCUGGAGGCAGACGGCGAGAACAUGACAUCCACUGUGGAGCCCAUGAAUCUUCACCACGCCAUGCUGAGAUCACCAGGCUCUGCAGACUCCGUGGUCGUCCUCUCUCAGCCACAUGAACUGGUGACCAUGACGACCGAAGGCCAUGCAUAUGGAGAGGACGUGGUGGCGCUGCUGUAGUCAGCCAGGGAAAAUAUCACACACUGCCUAAUUCAGCGCUACACCGACAGUCACAGUGGACUUACACGUAGACAUCUGUAAAUAAUUUAACCUCUGACUUUCUCCCCCUGUAGAUAUUUGUAAUAAGCGAUCGAUAAUGGUUUUAUUUUGACAAGUGAGAAAAUGGCAAAGUUUGUACAAAACAACCUUUCUUUUUUCCUCAAGUUUUUGAAAGCAAAUACUCCCAAAGAAAUACUGAGACGGGUUUAAAGAGUUUAUGAAAAUAUAAUGGCCGCGCACCGUUACGCGUCGUAUCAUUGUAAACACAAGUCUGGGUUUGAAAUUCAGUUACGAUGUUCACCGAUGAAAAUGAGUCUCACUUGAUAGGAUUGACUGUCACACUGAAAUGAGCUGGGCACAUGUCCAUUAUCCUUGUUACUUAAUCACAUUAAAACCGCUAUAUCACACUGCUGCAUGUUAACUCUGGUCUUGCACAGCAGAACCAGCCUAACGAGCCAGACCGCCCUGUUCAUCAGAGUAAAACACACAAACUAAUCCAACCUAAUUGUUUGCCCAGUGUAGCCCACAGCUGCAUUAACUCGGUGUGUUAUUAGUAACAUCUUUCACUCAAAUGUCAACCUCCAGUGUUCUCUGAGUAAGGCACACAUUGCUCAUUUACAACUCAAUAUAUUAACAUUUGUGAAAAAUAGCUUUUUUUAAAAAAACAAAACAAAACAAAAUUACAGAAUUACUCAUGAGGUUGAGUCUGCCAUUAUGAAACAAACAGCAGCUGUCUAGGGACAUUAGAUAAGGUGGUGCACACUCUGCUUUCGUGUUUUGUCUUUGAGCACCGCCUGAAUCAGCAGCGUUUGUUCCUCCCGUCUCCUCAGUGGAUCUUCAGGUUGUGGAAGUGGUCCAACGUGGCGCCCAAAGCCCAGCUUGACUCCACGUUGUUCACUUUCUUGGUCAACUAGGAGCGAGAAAAAGAAAAAAGACCCAACACCAAAAUCACUCAAAUGCCUUUUGUAUUUAUUGAAAUAAAAAAGUAACAGAA